AUGUCAGAAGCUUUACAACAACGUAUCAUUGCACAUAUGAACAAGGAACAUCAGUUGGCCCUUGAAGAUUACCUUGUGAUUUACGGUAAUGUUCCUGUAACCAGAAAGAUUAGGUCAAUCAGGAUGAAAAGAAUAGAGAAGGAUUAUAUGGUAAUCGAAUUUGAUCAUACAGACGUGGAUUUUGAAGUUGAGAAGACCAUUAUUUUUGAGCCUGCUCUAGAGGAUUGGAGCGAAGCGCGGGAUAGGUUAGUGACUAUGGCCAAGGAAGCGGCCGCACGCAGAGGUCUUUCACAUAAACAGAUCGCACAGUUUUCUCCGCCAUCCCUAGCGGGAUGGCUAUUAAUUGCAGUGGUCUAUACUCCAAUACUGUGUUAUUAUAAGAAAAAUUGGUUUUCUUGGAUAUCACUACCGGAAUCGCUGCAGUUUUUGUUCUGGGACUCAACACUGCUUUCUAUCAUUGUUGCAGUGCUCGCAUGUCAUAGUCUUGAGUGCCUGUUUCUCCUCAGAGGAAGAUUGAACUUUUACAGAGUGCCCACUGACUACAUGGUUGAGUGGUACAUAUCUGGUUUGGUCGAGGGCUAUCCUGCGAUAAAGCGAUUUGACGAUCUAAUUAACAAAGCGAACUUACAACCUGGUUCUGCUAAAACUAUGUAA